GCAGGAGCGCACAGGUGUGUUUAACAGCGAUUACAAAUCAAAAGUGUUUAAAAGACUUCUGGAUUCUGCUCCUACAGCACAAGAUCGUCUAUAGUAUUGCAAGUCAUGAUGAGCGUCUGAUCGUCUUCAGAGACACAAAGUUCCCAGUGUUGAUCAGUUUAUCUGCAGUAUGUCAGAGGAGAAAGGAAAGGACUCCCCUUCUGAGAUGAGUCUCUCACAGAAACAGAGUGGAAGAUCAGGCUCACAUGUGUCCAGCUCUGUGUCUAUGCAUGCAGAGUCAAUGGGUGGACCACCAGGUUUGAGUGAGGAAACGCCAUCAAUUAACGAAAGGCUGCAAUGUGAGACAUUAGAUUCACACAGGAACAACAAGAAUUUUGCAGACAAACUCCUAGAAAUCUUCCAGGAUCUUGAGAAGAAAAUAAUCACAUUUCUAAAGAAUGAGCUGGAUACAUUUAGGAAAGUAUUACAAAAAGAAAACAUGCAAUCCUUUGUGAAGGACUUUAAUGAGAACAGACGCAAUAUCAAAGAAGCAGCUCUUGAUCUUACACUCUACUUCCUGAGACAGAUGAAGCAAGAUGAAGCUGCUGAUACUCUAGAAGAUGAGCUGAUCUUCAUUCAUCAGCUAAAAUGUGGCCUAAAGAAGAAGUAUCAAUGUGUGUUUGAAGGAAUUGCAAAGCAAGGUGACUCUACACUUCUGAAUAACAUCUACACAGAUCUCUAUAUCACUCAGGGUGGUAGUGAACAGAUCAAUACUGAACAUGAGGUAAGACAGAUUGAAGUUGCUUCCAGACGUCAUGAAUCACAAGAAAUACAGGUUGAAUGCAAAAAUUUGUUUGAAACACCUGAACAAGACAAGCAGAUCAGAACUGUACUGACAAAAGGAGUUGCUGGCAUCGGAAAAUCAGUCUCUGUGCAAAAGUUUGUUCUGGAUUGGGCUGAAGAAAAAGAAAGUCAAGAUAUCAGCUUCAUAUUUCCUCUUCCAUUUAGAGAGAUUAACUUAAAGGAGCAAGAAAAACUAAGUUUGAUGGACAUUAUAACUCAGUUUAUCCCAGAGACAAAAGGACUGAACCUUACAAGAAGGAACCAAAAAGUUCUGUUCAUUCUUGAUGGACUGGAUGAAUUCCGUCUUCCUCUAAACUUUAAGGAUAAUGAGACAUUGCAUGAUGUAUCUUCACCAGCCUCUCUCGAUGUUCUCCUGACAAACCUCAUCAAGGGAAAUCUGCUUCCUUCUGCUCUCAUCUGGAUCACCACCAGACCAGCAGCUGCCAGUAAGAUUCCUCCUGACUAUAUCGACCAGCUGACAGAGAUACGAGGAUUCAAUGAUGCACAAAAGGAGGAGUACUUCAGAAAAAGAAUCACAGAUGAGAAUCUGGCCAAAGAAAUCAUUGAUCAUGUUAAAAAAUCAAAGAGUCUCUUUAUCAUGUGCCACAUCCCAGUCUUCUGCUGGAUUUCAGCCACUGUUCUCCAGAACAUUUUAGAGGCAAAAAGAAAAUAUGAUGUGAAAAGAAAUCAGGCUGGUGAUGCCUCCAAAACACUACAGGAGUCAAAUACUGAAAACACUCCUAAAACUUUGACACAAAUGUACACACACUUUCUUAGAUUUCAGAUCCAGCAGAGCAGACGAAAGUAUGAUGGAGAAUAUACACCAGAUGUUUCCUGGGAUAAAGAUGCCAUCCUUUCACUGGGUAAACUGGCAUUUCAUCAGCUGGAAAAAAACAAUGUAAUCUUCUAUGAAUCAGACCUGGAAGCCUGUGGUAUUGACGUCUAUAAGGCAUCAGUGUAUUCAGGCAUGUGUACCCAGAUCUUUAAAGAGGAAACGGGGAUUGUUCUUGGUACCAUGUACUGCUUUGUUCACUUGAGCAUUCAAGAGUUUAUUGCAGCCCUUUAUGCACAUUUGUUUCUAAACAUCAACAAGAAAUGUGUGUUUGAUCAAAACUCUACAGAACAGGAAAACAAAACUACAAAGAGUGGUAGUGGUUAUCUGGACAUUUUCCGUCGUGGACUGUCACUCCAGUCCAAAAACAACAUGAUUGAUUUGCUCAAGACUGCAGUGGACAAGGCACUAGAGAGUGAUAAUGGACACCUGGAUCUUUUUCUUCGAUUCCUCCUUGGUUUGUCACUCCAGUCCAAUCAGCGACUCUUACAGGGCCUGUUGACACAGCAGGAUGGAAAUGACCAGAUCAAAAAUGAAAUAGUUCAGUACAUCAAGCAAAAAUUGGAAGCUAAUCUGUCUCCAGAGAGAUCCAUCAAUCUGUUCUACUGUCUGAAUGAACUAAACGACCAAACUCUGGUGAAAGACAUUCAGACCCACCUUAGCAAAGGAAGUCUCUCAUCUACUGAUCUUUCACCUGCCCAGUGGUCUGCUUUGGCCUUUGUGUUGUUGACAUCAGAGGAGGAGCUGGAGGAGUUUGAGCUUCAGAAAUUCAAGAAAUCAGAUGAGUGUCUCAUUAGAUUAUUGACAGUCAUCAAAACCUCCAAAAGAGCUCUGUAA